AAUUGUCAAAUUCAAUUUGUGUAAAGUGCCAGCGUUCACAAUAUAGGAAAAUGUUAUUUUUUUAGUUCAUUAUUGAAACGAGUAUCUCGAAAUGUUGGACAGCUGGUUCAGUUUACCAGUGUUCCCUCUUACGUGGUUUUUGGAAUACCUACCAAGUAAGUGCAGUUGUUCAAAUAUUUCACCAUCUACGAGGGGAUACAUCUUGUUUAGUCGAAACGCAAUGUGGGUUCAGAUUUGCAAUGACCGCUUGCAUCUUCUUAAAAAUGAUACGAGAUGUGUACGAUAUGAAACAGAAUAAACCACAGGGAGUAUUGCGGAACGAACCGAAAAGUAAGAGAAGAAGAGUGAGCGACCACGGUGACUACGAAACUAUGAAAGAAUAUUUCCAUCCCAUAGAUGACGGUAAUUCAUCUUAAUGUGUAUUCUAGCUUUUCAAAAUUAAAGUGUGAAUCUAAGGAAUUAAAUUAAUUGGUAAAAAA